CUGAUUUCUGAUCAUCUCCAUAGCAGAACAGGCUCUUUUCUCUCACAGACGGAAAGCCAUGCCCGCCUCUGGAGCCUCAGAUCCAAAGACGGAGGAUUUCUCCACUGCUAUUUUGAAACAGAAGAUUCGACCGAAUCGGCUCAUUGUGGAUGAAGCCACCAAUGAGGACAACAGUAUCGUGUGCUUGUCGCAGGUUAAAAUGGAGGAGCUGCAGUUGUUUCGUGGAGACACUGUGGUUUUGCGCGGUCGGAAACGGAGACAGACGGUCUGCAUCGUUCUCACAGACGACACAUGUGGCAAUGAGCGCGUGCGCAUGAACAGGGUCACACGCAACAACCUGCGUGUGCGGCUCGGUGAUGUCAUCAGUAUCCAUCCUUGUCCAGAUGUGAAAUAUGGGAAGCGCAUCCACGUUCUGCCCAUUGAUGACACUAUCGAAGGGCUGACGGGAAACCUGUUUGACGUAUUUCUGAAGCCGUAUUUCCUGGAGGCUUACAGACCGGUUCACAAAGGUGAUAUUUUCCUGGUCAGAGGAGGCAUGAGAGCGGUGGAGUUUAAAGUGGUAGAAACAGAUCCCACCCCACACUGCAUCGUUGCCCCGGACACCAUAAUCCACUGUGAGGGAGAACCAAUCAAACGAGAGGAUGAGGAGGAGAGUCUGAAUGACAUCGGCUAUGAUGACAUCGGAGGCUGUCGGAAACAGCUGGCUCAGAUUAAAGAGAUGGUGGAGCUGCCGCUGAGACACCCGGCCCUGUUCAAAGCCAUCGGAGUGAAGCCUCCGAGAGGGAUUCUCCUGUAUGGUCCGCCUGGAACAGGGAAGACGCUGGUGGCUCGUGCUGUGGCCAAUGAGACUGGAGCUUUCUUCUUUCUCAUCAACGGUCCUGAAAUCAUGAGUAAGCUGGCAGGAGAGUCUGAGAGCAACCUGAGAAAAGCUUUCGAGGAGGCUGAAAAAAACGCCCCUGCUAUCAUCUUCAUCGAUGAGCUGGAUGCUAUCGCUCCGAAACGUGAGAAGACUCACGGUGAGGUUGAGCGGAGGAUCGUCUCUCAGUUGCUCACGCUGAUGGACGGCCUGAAACAGCGCGCUCAUGUUGUCGUAAUGGCAGCUACAAACAGGCCCAACAGUGUGGAUGCUGCUCUUCGGCGAUUUGGACGUUUUGAUCGAGAGAUUGACAUCGGCAUCCCUGACUCCACUGGCAGGCUGGAAAUUUUACAGAUUCACACCAAGAACAUGAAGCUGUCAGAAGAUGUGGAUCUGGAACAGAUCUCUGCUGAGACACAUGGACAUGUAGGAGCAGAUCUGGCCGCUCUGUGUUCAGAAGCAGCACUGCAGGCCAUCCGCAAAAAGAUGACCUUAAUUGAUCUGGAGGACGACAGCAUCGAUGCAGAUCUCCUCAACUCACUGGCCGUCACAAUGGACGACUUCAAGUGGGCUCUAAGUCAGAGUAACCCAUCUGCUCUGAGGGAGACGGUCGUGGAGGUUCCUCAUGUGAACUGGGAGGACAUUGGAGGACUCGAUGAGGUCAAGCGGGAGUUACAGGAGCUUGUGCAGUAUCCCGUAGAGUAUCCUGAUAAAUUUCUGAAGUUUGGAAUGACUCCGUCUCGAGGGGUUUUGUUUUAUGGUCCACCAGGCUGCGGAAAAACCCUGCUAGCUAAAGCCAUUGCCAAUGAAUGCCAGGCCAACUUUGUGUCCAUCAAAGGCCCGGAGCUGCUCACUAUGUGGUUUGGUGAAUCAGAGGCAAACGUCAGAGAUGUGUUUGAUAAGGCACGACAGGCGGCUCCAUGUAUUCUGUUUUUCGAUGAGCUGGACUCUAUUGCUAAAGCACGAGGAGGCGGAGCUGGAGAUGCAGGAGGCGCGGCUGACAGGGUCAUCAACCAGAUCUUGACAGAAAUGGAUGGGAUGACCAACAAGAAGAACGUCUUUAUCAUUGGUGCCACUAACAGGCCUGAUAUCAUUGAUCCUGCCAUUCUAAGGCCUGGUCGUUUGGAUCAGCUUAUUUAUAUCCCUCUGCCUGACAUGCCCUCCCGCACUGCCAUCCUGCGCGCCAACCUUCGCAAGUCCCCAGUCGCUAAGGAUGUAGAUCUGAUGUAUCUGUCCAAGAUUACAGAAGGUUUCUCGGGAGCAGACCUGACUGAGAUCUGUCAGAGGGCCUGUAAACUCGCCAUCAGAGAAGCCAUAGAGGCAGAGAUCCGUGCUGAGAGACAGCGGCAGGCCAGGAAAGAGACUGCUAUGGAUGAUGAUUACGACCCAGUGCCUGAGAUCAGGAAGGAUCAUUUCGAGGAAGCCAUGAGAUUUGCUCGUCGGUCUGUCAGUGAUAAUGACAUAAGGAAGUAUGAGAUGUUUGCUCAGACUCUUCAACAGAGCCGUGGAUUUGGGAACUUCAGGUUUCCUACUGCGCCCAAGUCAGGAGGAGGUCAAGGGUCGAGCCAAGGCUCUGGAGGUCAUUUCAGAGAUGAAGGAGACGAUGAUCUCUAUCAGUAAUCAACAGUCCUCCAUGGCACCGGUUGUCUGCAACAGUGAAAGAAGAAUGAAAUCAGUUUGCUAAUGAAUUUGCUCAUUAUCAAUAUUAUGUAUGCUAUUUUCAAUUCUGACAGGGAUUUUAAUAUCUUAGUACUGCAGGAAACUAAUGGCACACGUAUUAAACUGAAUGCCUAGUACUUCAAUAAAAUGAUGAGAUGAUAUUGUUAA